AUGCAACAGGAAGAGAGCAAUUAAUAGUCGCAUCACAAGAAAAAGUUUGUUUUGCCUAAAGGUCAUUUCCUUUUUACAUCAGAAAGUGUAAGUUCUGGUCAUCCAGACAAAUUAUGCGAUUUCAUCAGCGACAGUGUGCUUGAUGCCUGUUUAGAAUAGGACCCUAACUCGAAGGUAGCUUGCGAAUCAGCAUGCAAAAACUCUCUUGUGAUGGUAUUCGGAGAAAUCACCACUCAUGCCCAAGUUCCUUAUGAAACCAUAGUCAGAGAAGCAAUAAAAUAGGUUGGAUAUGACAAUAUAAGUAAGGGAUUGGAUUAUAGAAAUGCUUCCGUCAUAGUAUCAUUGGAUUAACAAUCUUAAGAAAUCAAUUAAGCAGUCGUGGGUUCUAAACAUGAAGACGAAAUUGGAGCAGGCGAUUAAGGUUUAAUGAUCGGAUAUGCUUCUGAUGAAACCCCAGAAUUAAUGCCCUUAACACAUCAUCUCUGCAAUAGACUCAUAUCAAGACUCCAAGAAUGCAGGGAAAGCGAAAUCUGUCCUUGGAUGAGACCAGAUGCAAAGGUCUAAGUUACUGUUGAAUACAAACGAGAAGACUCUUCAUUUUAUCCUGUUCGAAUUCAUAAUGUCCUCAUUUCCUAAUAGCAUGAUGAGAAAAUAACUCAUAGUGAAAUCGAAGCAGAAUUGCAUAAGCAUGUAUUAAAACAUGUCUUACCAUAAAAAUAUGUUGAUGAAUAAACUCAAUACCAUUUAAAUCCUUCUAAGGCCUUCACUGUUGGAGGACCUUAUGGAGAUGCUGGAUUAACAGGCCGUAAAAUCAUUGUAGAUACUUAUGGAGGAUGGGGAGGACAUGGUGGAGGAGCUUUCUCUGGUAAAGAUCCUACCAAAGUGGAUAGAAGUGCUGCUUAUGCUGCAAGAUGGGUGGCUAAAUCACUUGUUGCAUCAAAACUAUGCAAGAGAGUGAUGAUUCAAGUUGCCUAUGGAAUUGGUAUCAGCGAGCCUCUCUCUAUUUGUGUUAAUUCCUAUGGCACACAAGCUGAAGGACUAGAUGAUGAUGACUUGUCUGAAAUUGUUUAAAAUCAUUUCGAUCUCAGACCAGGAGUUAUCAUUAGAGAAUUAAAAUUACGAAGACCAAUCUAUGCUAAAACAGCUUCAGGAGGACAUUUUGGCAGAAAUGAGCCAGAGUUUACUUGGGAACAACCUAAGAAUAUCAAUCUAGCUGCUUGGAAAGCUCAUAAAGCAGAAUAAUAAUAACAAAAUUAAUGA